AUCGUUGUCAACUGUCAAAUAAUCAAAAUUUGACAGAAAAUGGGACUUAAUAUUUAAAUAUUAUGAAUUUGUCCUUGAUAACUUAGUAAUUUGCUCAUUUGAUCAGAUCUGAACCAAUCAUCACAAAAAUGCCAUGAAAAUGUAGACAAUGUGCUAAUUAAUGAACUUGCCCGAGGAUAACCUUUGCUCGCGCCAUGACAGUCUUUGAAAUUGUUUGUUUGCUUUCUUUCUGUUGACAGAAUCCGUGAACUUGAAGUUUUUAUGUGUUAUUUGACAGUAUGUAUUAUGUUCUAUCUAUACCUGUCUGGAUUAAAGGGGCAUUCAUUGUCUAAAUACCAUAUUGUAUUUCCACGACCGCAAAUGUGACAAGACGCCUGAAGAUGAGUGAGAAAUGCCGAUGACAAUUGUAAUGUUCUUAAAGAUGGUUGAUUGAAUACUACUGCAUAUUGACUGAUAUGUCUUUAUGGACUGGAGAUAUCCAUGUUGGCACAGGUAUAAAUCUGCCUCGCAAGCCCAACAUGGAAACUGAAUCUGUACGAUCUUGCUACAGUGAACAAUCUUCUCGAUCUCGUCGUAGUAGAGCUCACAGUACUCAUGGUAGCUCAAAUCAUCAUAACUAUCGAAAUCGUUCUUCAAAGCAUUCACAUCGAACUCCCAAACUGGAUCGCUCUCACAACUCAACAUUAGGAAGCAAAUGUAGCAAUGGAACUGAUAGAGGACAUGAGGAAGUCAUAGAGGUUCAGAUACUAUCUCAAGAUGACAAUUGGGGUGAUAAUACUACAGCAAUUACUGGUAACACGAGUGAUCAUUCCGACUCAAUGGACGAUGUUUCAAAACUCAAUGGAGAUUAUGAAACUAGCCUUAGCUUUUACUGUCACAUGUGGGUUGGAACUGUUUUUACGACCCUCUUAUCAUUUUGUGCCUUUGCUUCUCCAAUUGCGAUGGUAAUUUUACCCAAAUUGGAGGCAUUGGAUUGGAAAGUCCAAAAGUGUGGACCAGAGUGUGAUGGUCUUUUAAUUAGUUUAUCUUUUAAACUUUUAAUACUACUAUUUGGAUCAUGGGCUCUGUUUUUUAGGAGGCCAAAAGUCACCCUUCCUAGAAUAUUUAUUUUCCGUGCAAUUGUUUUAGCAUUGAUGAUUGUUUUCACAUUUGCUUAUUGGCUUUUCUAUGGUGUUCGCAUUGUCGAAAAGCGCCACGAUGAUUACCACAGCAUUGUGCUCUUUGCUGUAUCGCUUGUAGAUACUUUAUUAUUUAUUCAUUAUCUGGCUGUUAUUUUAAUUGAAGUCAGACAACUCAGUGCUCAGUAUUUUAUUAAAGUUGUCCGAUCACCAGAUGGAGAAAGUCGAUGUUAUACUAUUGGCCAACUGAGUAUACAACGAGCUGCUGCCUUGAUAUUAGAAUUUUAUUAUAGAGAUUUUUCAAUUUACAAUCCAUAUUUAGAGACAAUACCAACCAAGUCUCGUAAAUCUGCUCCUGGGUUUAAGAUGUAUGACGUGGACAAUGUGCCUAAUAGUCCGAUGAAUUGUACAAAUCGUAGUAUCAUGGGCAGUGACAUUCAUCGUAGAGACUCUAGUCAUAAUGAACGAUUCUAUGAGGAGCAUGAAUAUGAACGUAGAGUGAGAAAACGAAAGGCACGUCUCAUUUCGGCUGCGGAAGAAUCAUUUACACACAUAAAGAGGCUACAAGAUGAACAAGGUCCUGCAAUACCAAUGGAUGCAUCAGAAGCAGCCCAAGCAAUUUUUCCAUCUAUGGCUAAAUCACUCCAGAAAUACUUGCGUAUAACUCGUCAACAACCACGGCAUACAAUGCAAUCCAUCUUAGACCAUCUUGCAUUAUGCUUAAGCCAUGAUUUAAGCCCCAAGGCCUUUUUGGAAAAAUAUCUAAUUUCUUCACCUGUUCUUCAAAAUGACCGGGAACAUCGUCCAAGUCAAACUUGGUCUCUGGUCUGUGACACUUUGCUCUCAAGACCAAUAGAACAUGGAUGCAUCUUCAUGCUUCGUCAAAAUGACAUUUCUCUGUUAGUCACCAUAUCUCGUUUACCUCAUUUGUGUAUCACAGAGGAAGUGAUAGACCCUAAAAGCAAUAAAUUUGUACUACGUUUAAAUUCCGAAACAUCUGUUUAAAAAAUCUGUGUUAUUUUCCCCUGGGUAACAGCUAUAUUAUUUCUGCAUAUCAAAUGAUAUUAGUGCUAAGUGGUGCUUAACUCUGUUAAAAGUAGAUUUUUAAUUAUUUCAAUUUUUGCAUGUAAGUCUGUAGAAUUUUUUACUGUAUCUUUGCUGUUUUAAGCAAAAAUUUAGUAAAGGUUGCUAAGUUAAGGCUUUAUUUAAAAUUGCCUGGUUAUUAACAUCUUAGUUUUAAAAUAUGGUUUUUGCCUUAAGGGGUUUAAACGCGUUUCUCCGUAACUUUAAAAUUAAUACCUUUAGGGGAAAUUUUUUUUUUUGUACAGAACUUGUAUGACAAGAAAGUGGUUCUUUUUAUACUAUUUGUAAAGAUAGUACUAUGCAUAAAUUUUUUUUUCUUUUUAUGUUUCUUUAACAUAAAAAUUCAAAAUUAUCUUAUGGACUUCAGGUAGUUUCAUACCAAAUAAUUUAAACUUGCUGCUAUUUAUUUAAUUCGUAUAAGAAUUAGAUUAUCAUAAUUCGUUAAGCGAUUAGGUACGGACACAUUUAUAGGCAUAUCCUGCUUUCUCUUAUCCUAUUAGGAUUUUUAUAAGAAGCUGCCUACUAUCUAAGCAUUUAAGGCAACAAGUGGUCUACUUAUUACAUUACUAUUUUUUUCUUUGUUAAUUUGGUUUUUCUUGUAAUAAAUUUGAUAUUACAUAAUUUAUGUUUGCAAAAAUGCAUUGAAAAAUGUUAUAUGCGCACAAUUUUAUUCAUUUAAAUUUCUUCAUUCAAAUUAUAACCUUAAAAUACCCAUUUUUAUAUUUAAUUAGAUGAUAAUUUGCAUUAUAGAAGUGUUUAAUAAAAUUUUUUGGGGUAAUAAAAAUUUUAUUUUAAAAUUAUGGUCAUUAUUAUUUUUGUCAAUUUAAACUUUAAACUCUUGCAACUUAUAAGUUAUUUAACUUGUAAAUAAUUAUCAUAAUUUAAUUUUCUACAUUGAGUGUUUAAAGUAAUUUUCCAAUGUAUAAAAAUAAAUUCAUUCUAAUACUGUUUAUUAUUAUAAAGAGGACAUUAUAUUUUCAAACUAAUUAACUAAAAGAAUAUGGCAUAUUUUUAAUGUAUGAAAACUUCCAUCCAUGAAAUGUUUAACCAGAAAAUAAUGUAAAAAACACUAAUAUAAAAUUGUAUUUUAAGCAUGUAAUGUAUAGUCUAUAUAAUAUCCCUUUAAAUGUAUUUGAAUUGUUUAUUUUUCUCUUUGCUAUCAGCAUUGAGCAACCUAGUGAUAAGCCAUACUUAAAAAGAUGUUUUCAUAUCUAACUCACACAAUCUCAUAAAUUUCUUAAAGUAAUUAUUAACAGAGUCUGUAAAACCUCAAAGUGUUUACAUUUUCUGUUGAACCUAUAAGAUACAUGUUCUACAGUUUUUUUUUUAAUAGCAAAAGCAAAUAAAUGUACUACAUAUUAAUCAGUUAAAAAAUAUUUCAUCAAUAUCCGUCUACGCUAACAGUUUUAAAUGUAAAUCUGAAGUGUUAAGUAUUAGUAACAAAGGAAUAUUAAAUAUUAAUAAGGAAGUAUUAAGCAUUGAUAAGAAAUGAAAUGCAAAGCAUUGUUGUUGAUAAAUUAGUAUUGUCUGAAUUAUUAAGUACUAUCAGCAAAUGCAUGCUUUUCAGUGUUAUUAAAACAAUGUUACUCUCAAGUUUGUUUUCAUUAUUUUGUUUACUUAUCAUUAUGUUUCUCCUUUUGGUAAUUUUUUUCGUUUUUGAAAUUGUUCAUAAUUUUAAGGCAUUUUUCAUUUAAAGAGCUUCAAAGUAAUUGCUUUAAAAUUUUGCAUUUAUUUUUUAUUUUCAUUCAUUUAUAAUAUAAGUACUUUUCUGAAUGUGCUCAUUUUUAUGACAACUAAGUUUGACAUCAUUGUUUUUUAACUUGACUGCUUGUGUGCAGUGCAUUUUAUUUUAUAUCUGAAAAAAUAUUUUGCAUCAAAUUUUGUAAUUUUAAUUUUUUUAUUUUAAUUGUUUAUUAUUAAAAUACUAAUACUUCCAUAAAUCUUAAGUGAUUUUUUUUAUUAGUAUUACUAUAUUCUAAAUAUCAUAUUUGCAAUAAUAAUAAAUAAAUAUUCUUAAUCAUUUUUUUUGUUGAAGAAAUUCUAUCGUUUUAUUAUUUAAUCCAAUACUAAGGUUAUGCUUAAAAUAGUAAUGACACUAAAAUGUGUGCUAAGUUGUAUGAUUUGUAGUUAAAAAUUGACCAGAGUUGCCAUAUAGAAGCUUGUGUAACUAAGGAUAUUGUAAAAUUGUGAAAGCAUGCAGCUAUAUUAGGGUAACUUGGUUAAAAAUAACUAAUUUCUUUAAGCAUAUGCAAUUUUCAUUUUAGGCUAACUUUGUUAAGAUUAACUAAAACAUUUAUUGUAUUUAUUUUUUGCAUGUGCAAUCUUCAAUAAAACUACAAUAACACUUUAAAAAUUUCCACAAAUGGUGAUAAAUGAUACUUACUCCCCGUUGUCGACCCUAAGAAAUAAUGAAAUAUUGCUCAAAUAAUAUGGUAUGAGAUGCUAAAUUAUUCAAGGCAUUAAAGAUUCUAUUCAUAUUUUUUUUCUAAUUUUUUUAAAGCUCUUUAUUUUAACUCUUUCGAUAGUGAUAUAAUGUAAAUUUACAAUUUAACGAAAGGCUUCUGUAUUUUGCAACAGCCUUACAAAAAGUUGGAAGUUUUUUAUUUUUUUAUUAAAAUGAAAGGGGAAAAAAGCUAAGUUUUAAGAAUAUUAUUUUUUUACUAAAUUUUAUUUUAAAAAUUAGUGAAAUGAUAAAUUUCUUUAUCUUUUAGAAUCCUAUAGUAUUUCUAUAAUUUAAUUCUAUCGUUAAUGAUAAUUAACGAAUUAAAUAGUAUACAGUACUAAGACCUCAUUUUUGCAUGAAAUAAAUUUUGAAUAAUUAAAUUUUUGGCAGCUCCUUUUAAUGUUUAAUAGUAAAAAUGUAAUUUUGCUUGACCUAUUUCAUUGAAAUCCUUUUAUCAAAUUGCUUAUUAAUUAACUCACACUUAAAAAUUCUUGCUGUUUUAAAUUAAAAAUGGCUCUUGUUUUAUUUUUUUAGUAAGUUUUUUUUAUACAAGCAUAUUAUAUCAAUUAAAAAUAUAAUGUGUUUAAAUAUUCUUUGUGGAAGGACAUAAGUUUAGUUUUAAAAUGCAUUUUUUAUUAUUAUUAUAGUGAUAUAACUACACAUUGAAAAAAUACUUUGUAAAUUCAUUAAUGCCAUGUCAGCAUUUUCUUCUAUUGUCUGCCAAUGAUGUAUUGUAUGUUCUUUUUGAAUAAUACUUUACAAUUUUUUAUUAUACUAUUUUUGUUAAAUCUUUGUUUUUAUAUUGUAAAUACUUGCCAUGUUUUUAUUCUUUUUUACAAAAACGACUUUACAUUUGUUUGUUAAAAAAUUGUUACUUCUCCCUUUUUUCUAAACCUUUGUAUAAACAGAUUAUUAUAUAAGGAUCAAUAUAUAUAUAUCCAGAAUUUACGAUAAAAUAAUUUAAUGUGAACUGUUUUGAUAAACUUGACAAUCGCUAUUCGAUCGAAAUAUUAUAAAAUUUUAUACAAUUAUUCUCGGUGUUGUGUAUUAUACAAAUGUGAUCAUGUCUGAGUUAUUUCAUGUAAAUUUGUACUUUUGGAACCAGGUAAUUAAAUAAAAAUGAAUUAAAUACUU